AUGUCUGGUUAUGUGGGAGUUUUUGUGUCUGAUCCAUGGCUUCAGAGCCAAUUCACUCAAGUUGAACUCCGUGGGCUCCAAUCAAAAUUUCUUUCCGCGAUGAAUAAAUCUGGCAAGGUCAAACUGGGAGAUUUGCCACCUGUAAUGUCCAAAAUGAAGCCUUUUAGUGAAAUGUUAACAGAAGAUGAGGUCAAAGUCAUCUUGUCCGAAUCAUCUGCUGACUUGAGUGAAGAAAUUGAGUUUGAAUCAUUCCUUCGGGCAUUCUUGAACCUACAAGCAAGAGCUACAGCAAAACUCGGCGAUUCAAAACCAACUUCAUCAUUUGUGAAAACUGCUACUACAACACUUCGUCACACCAUUAGUGAAUCAGAGAAGGCCUCUUAUGUUGCCCAUAUAAACAGCUUUCUUGGGAAUGAUCCAUUCUUGAAAGAGUUCCUUCCAAUUGAUCCAUCUACAAAUGCACUCUUUGAUCUUGCGAAGGAUGGUGUUCUACUAUGUAAGCUGAUUAAUGUGGCUGUCCCUGGUACCAUAGAUGAGCGAGCUAUUAACACAAAGAAAGUCCUAAAUCCAUGGGAGAGAAAUGAAAACCACACACUAUGUCUCAACUCUGCCAAGGCAAUUGGGUGCACUGUGGUCAAUAUUGGCACGCAGGAUCUAGUCGAAGCAAGACCCCACCUGGUUGUUGGUUUGAUUUCUCAAAUAAUUAAGAUACAACUUUUAGCUGAUCUGAACCUGAAGAAAACUCCCCAACUUGUUGAAUUGGUGGAAGACAGUAAGGAUGUGGAAGAACUCAUGGGCUUACCACCAGAGAAGCUUUUACUCAAAUGGAUGAAUUUUCAUCUGAAAAAAUCAGGGUAUAAAAAGCAAGUUACAAAUUUUUCAUCUGAUCUAAAGGAUGGGGAGGCCUAUGCUCACUUGCUUAAUGCUCUGGCACCAGAACAUGGUACCACUACCACAUUAGAUGCAAAAGAUCCUACUGAAAGAGCAAAUUUGAUUAUUGAGCAAGCAGACAAAUUGGAUUGCAAGAGAUAUGUUACUCCCAAAGAUAUUGUUGAGGGCUCUACAAACCUGAAUCUGGCAUUUGUUGCACAAAUAUUUCAACACAGGAAUGGCUUAUCAAUGGACAGCAAAAAACUUCCCUUUGCUGAGAUGAUGACAGACGAUACUCAAACUUCUCGAGAAGAAAGAUGCUUUCGAUUGUGGAUUAACAGCCUUGGAAUUGAUACAUAUGUUAAUAAUGUUUUUGAGGAUGUCAGAACAGGAUGGGUUAUUUUAGAAGUUCUUGACAAAGUUUCCCCUGGAUCAGUCAAUUGGAAGCAAGCGACCAAACCUCCGAUUAAGAUGCCCUUCAGAAAGGUUGAAAACUGCAAUCAAGUUAUACGCAUUGGAAAAGAUUUAAACUUCUCACUUGUGAAUGUAGCUGGAAAUGACAUUGUACAGGGAAACAAGAAGCUUAUAUUAGCAUUUCUUUGGCAAUUGAUGAGAUUUAGUAUGCUCCAACUGUUGAGAAACUUGCGCUCGCACUCCCAAGGAAAGGAGAUAACAGAUGCUGACAUUUUAAAUUGGGCAAACAACAAAGUAAAGAUGGCACGUAGGAAAUCCAAAAUGGAGAGUUUCAAGGAUAAAAGCCUCUCAAAUGGGAAGUUUUUCCUGGAACUUCUUAGUGUUGUGGAGCCAAGAGUUGUCAAUUGGAGCCUUGUCACGAAGGGGGAAACGGAAGAAGACAAGAAACUAAAUGCAACAUAUAUAAUAAGCGUUGCUCGUAAGAUUGGCUGUUCCAUCUUCUUAUUGCCCGAGGAUAUUAUGGAGGUGAAUCAGAAAAUGAUUCUAAUUCUUACAGCAAGCAUCAUGUACUGGAGCCUGCAGAAGAAGUCUGGAGAGUCUGAGUCAACACCUACUGAAGACAGCGGCAAACCUGAGGGAUCCAUAGCUGAUUCAGCAGAUGGUGAGAGUCAGUCUGCGCCAAGCCCUUCGACUCUCUCCCAACAAACAAUGGAUAUUGAAAAUGAGGAAGCUUCAUUUUAG